CCAGCGGUACGCGCGGAGCCGGAGCCGGGGCAGCCGCCGCCGCCGCCCGCGCUGCCCCCCUGCUCGCCGCCCUGCCCUGCCCGCGCUUCCCCUUCUCCGUCCCGCCCGAGCCAUGAACUUUGGCCGUGGCCCCCCGGUGGUGUUGAACGUCGGGGGCACCCGGUACUCCUUCUCCCGGGAGGUGUUAAAGGAUUUCCCGCUGCGCCGAGUGAGCCGCCUGCACGGCUGCCUGUCGGAGAAGGACGUGCUGGAGGUGUGCGACGACUACGACCGGGAGAGGAACGAGUACUUCUUCGACCGGCACUCGGAGGCUUUCGGCUUCAUCAUGCUGUACGUGCGGCACGGCCACCUGCGUUUCGUGCCACACAUGUGCGAGCUCUCCUUCUACAACGAGAUGAUUUACUGGGGACUGGAGGGCUCCCACCUCGACUACUGCUGCCAGCGCCGCCUCGACGACCGCAUGUCCGAGACGUACACCUACUACGCGGCGGAGGAGCCGCCAGGGGAGCCGGGUGGCGGCCUCGAGGGCAAGGGAAGGCGGCCGCCGGGAGCCGAGGGCGGGAAGUGGCUGGAGAGGAUGAGGAGGACUUUCGAGGAGCCCACGUCCUCCGUGGCCGCCCAGGUCCUGGCCACUGUCUCCAUCCUCUUCGUCAUCGUGUCCAUGGUGGUGCUGUGCGCCAGCACCCUGCCCGAGUGGCGGGCGCCAGGGAACCGCAGCAUGGAGGAGCAGAGCAGGUACACAGCAGAGUCAGUGAGGGAGCCCUCAGGGAUAAUUGAAGCUAUCUGCAUAGGCUGGUUCACUGCAGAAUGCAUUGUGAGGUUCAUCGUCUCCAAAAACAAGUGUGAGUUUGUCAGAAGACCUCUCAACAUCAUUGAUUUGCUGGCAAUUACUCCUUACUACAUCUCUGUUCUAAUGACAGUUUUCACAGGGGAAAAUUCACAGCUUCAGAGGGCUGGAGUCACUCUGAGGGUCUUAAGAAUGAUGAGGAUUUUUUGGGUGAUUAAACUGGCCCGUCAUUUCAUUGGCCUCCAAACACUUGGUCUGACUCUGAAGCGUUGUUACAGAGAGAUGGUGAUGCUACUUGUCUUUAUCUGUGUUGCUAUGGCAAUUUUCAGUGCACUUUCCCAGCUUCUUGAAAAUGGGCUGGACUUGGGAACAAAGAAUAAGGAUUAUGCCAGCAUUCCUGCUGCUUGUUGGUGGGUGAUCAUCUCAAUGACCACAGUUGGUUAUGGUGACAUGUGCCCCAUCACUGUACCAGGAAGGAUUCUUGGAGGAAUUUGUGUGGUUAGUGGCAUCGUUUUAUUAGCCUUGCCGAUCACUUUCAUUUAUCACAGCUUUGUGCAGUGUUACCAUGAGCUCAAGUUCCGAUCUGCUAGGUACAGUAGAAGCCUCUCUGCUGAGUUCUUAAAUUGACCAAACUUGCAUUCUGUUGUAGUUACUUGCUAAGCUUUGUCUUAGAAGAGAAAGGUGGAAGGUCCCUUCAUGUGUCCUCCUUGACUGGAUGGUCCUGUGGAACAACAUUCUCGCCAGCCUGGAGAAAGCCCGUCACCAUUCAGACAGGAAGGAUGGCCUUGGGCACCUUGCAAGGAGAGGGAGUGAUGUUUCAAAUUUGAGAGAACAAAAUUAACAAAGAGGAUUCAGAAGUCCUCAGCCAGACCAGUUUGCCUUCCCACACAAAAGCAGAACAAAAACUGGGCUUAACACUGAGAUCUGUCAUUCCUGUAAUUAUAUCCUAAACCAGUCUAAGUGCUGUGUAGCAGAAGUUUUUCAAAGAUUUCAAUAUUUGAAUGCUCCACAGAGGCAUUGAUAACUUCUUGCCUGAAGCAUCUCCACUUUUAACUCAGAUAACCAAGCUAUAUAUUGGAGAAUCACUGCUACUUUUGAGCUUUGCAACAAAGUAGAGCUGGUUCUGUAACUCAGGAAAGAUGAAGAAUAUAGGUCUGUAGGACAAAAAACAUUGAGGCCUGAUUCUGAUCUUUGAUGAAGCACACAAAUCUUCUGUAAACCCAUUGCUCUGAAUUUGAUAAUUCACAAAGAAAUGCAAGAAGUCCAACUCCAAAUGUUGUAGCAGGGACUUUCUUAGUCACAAUUAAUUUCUUCUCUGGAACCAAAUUGUAAGUAGAAGUAAGUGCUGUACUUUACAAAGAUCAGCAUAAGAAAUCAUGGAUUGAUACAUAUAUUUGCUGGUAGCUUACUGGGGGAGCUCUCCAAAUUUUACAUGCAUUAAGUUGAACUCCAGCCAUGUGAAAUUACAUACUCAUAAGCAUAGAUUUUUCUCCCCUUCCUCCUCACCCCAUUUAAUUAAACAUAGGUAUCAUAAUGAGAGUUCUCCAAGACAAAUUAUAAGAUUCUAUGACUUGAGAAAGCACUGGAAAACAAGAGUAGCUGCUCCCUGUCAGAUGACACUCAUCAUUUUUAAUUUCUGGAAUCCUUACUGAAGGAUAAGUUUUAAAAUGAAAGUUUUAAAAAAAGCUGUAAAAAGCCCAGAGCAUACCAAAGAAAGUAAAUACGGACAUGUGAGUUGCACUUGGCAAAGUGAUGUAUUCUCUAAUGUAACUAGAAAAUGAAAAUGAAUCAAGUAAGGUUCUAACAUAUUAUUCACUACAUUUCUUGUGUAGUGCUGCUUAAUAGCAUCAUUCGGUAUAAUUCUGAAAGGCUACUACAUAAAAAUGUGCAGUUAGAUACUAACACACAUUAAGGUACAGCUUUACAAAUUUGGGUACCAAUAAACAUCAACAGGGAGCUUUCAUACUAACAUGGAAGUCCAGAGUCAUCAGCAUAGCUGAAUUCGGUGUGCUUGCCUGAAAAUACCGCAUUUACUAUUAUGUGCUGUAGAGGCAUCUUUUAUAUAUGUAAUUGUUAAAAGCUUUAGAAGUAAAAUGAGUACCACCUAGAAAACACAUCUCUGUAAUUGCUCACUCAAACAGACGUGCCCCAUUGGUCAAUAACCAGUACACUGAAGGCUCUACCCUGAGACCUGAAAAAUCCAUUAUCAUUUUAAGUGGUCUUUAGUAGUCUUAAAGAAUUGCAUUGCAAACACAAUUUUUCUGAAGACCUGAAGAGAAUCUUAGUAGCCUUCCUACAGACAAGUUUGACUUUCCCUUUAAGACUGCAUUAUUAGGAACCGUUACAGCCAUAAUUCUGUUCCUUGACACUCAUGUGUUCUGGUGUUCAGAAGAUUAGCUCUGUAGUUCCCUAUACUACUCUAUUUAUGCCUUUUAUGUCAGAAUCAUGUUGCUCAGAAAACAGCAUUCCACAGAGAGGUGAAUAUGAGAUCAGCAAAAAUUUCUUUCUUAGGUGAGAUUCACAGCUGAUGUUAGUUAGGCAAGUUGUGACUUCAGAGACACUUAGAUGUUCUACACCAGCAGAGAUGCUGGCUCUGUAUUCCUGCAUGUGUACCUAUAUAUAUCCUGCAUAUAUUAUAUAUUAUAGUCAGUCGAAAUUUUUUUUCUGCUCAAAAAAAUUUCCUCCUUGACAAAAUUGAAAUUUCAGACUUUAAUCCAAACACAGCUGUUGAAGAAAAUGACAUUUUCAUCUUCUAAUGAAAAGUUAUUUUGACAGUAUCAAAACCAUUUUCAAGGAGAAAAUUGCUAAUUUUUUUUGUAUUCUGCUCCAAUUUUUUCCCAUUAAAAUAGGUUAAAAAUCCCAUGUAAGAACUUAGCCCUAAAGAUUUUCAUGUGCUGUUUUUAAUGCUUGGGAAAAAUACUGUUUUUCAUAAAACUACUUAAAACCUGCUUUCUCUUCUGUCCAUGUAUUGUACUUUACCAAACCAAUACUUUGUCUUGAAAUGAGUGUUUUAAGGUCGCUCAAAAAACCCUCCUCCACAAAACGCCCAAACCAUCAUCAUGAUGGCAAUAGUUUGAAAUCCAUACAGAAUGUGAAAUGAAGUGUAUUGCAAUCUUGAUUUCAAGCCAAAAAAAAUGCAUUUCAGCACUACCUAUAAAUCUAAUCGUUAGAUGCCUGAACAAAGGAAAAAAUAUAAAUUAAUGCACAUAAUAACUUGUGAAUACCAAUUUGCACCAUAAAUCAUUUUGUAUAAGCUAUUAAGGACAGGAAGUUUUCAAUUAUCUGGACUAUAUAUGGUAUACAAACAAAAUGUUCAAUCCUUUUCAGCUAAAGAAUCCUUUCCCAGUGUAAAAAGGUAAUCCAGUGAAAGUAAUCAUGUAAAGGAACAGGUCCGUGUAGAUUAUCUUAAGUCAUACUGUGUUUUUUUAAACAGUUUAUGUUCAAUUUUUAUAUGGUAAAAUGUGAACAGAAUGACCUAAUAUAUUUUUUGAGUUACAAUAAAAUAUUUUGAAACUACUCUAUAUAAGCCCACUAGGGAGAGAUACUGGGGUGAAGCUUUUUGUUGGGUUGGUUUUUUUCCUUUCUGUUUUUAUUGUUGUGUGGUUAUCAGUGACUUAUCAGGUUAUCAGACUUUAGUUUCCUUACAAACCAAGUUGAAAUAAAGUAAUCUCCAUGGUAGCCUUAAAACAGGCUAAAUAAAAUUCAUGACCUCUAGCAAUAUAUGUCAUCUUAUUUUCAAGGGACCAGGUUUUUUAGUGAAACUUUACAAAAAACAUAUAUGUAGUCAAAAAUAAGCGUAAACCGCUGAAACUGUUUUACUAAAAUUUUACUUGAGACUGUUUGUAAACAGACAUG